UGUGUGUGUUUGGCAACAAAAUUUCGAACAAAAUCAAUAAAACGGAAACGUGAGAGAGCGCUGCGCAAAAGAGAAAAGCAAACGCAAUCGACCAACGCAUAGAAGAAAACAAGUAAUGCCGCACAACAACCAACCAUCGCCCGGGGACGAUCAAUUAGGACCGCCAAAGGCUGACUUUAGUGCGCCGCCGCCGUACGAGGCCAACCUGGGCCAUGGCCAGCAGGUGGCUCUGCCGGCUCAGAUGCCAACGCUGGCCCUAGCCACACCCGAUCCCAGUCAGAUGCAGAUUCCAAUGCAGAUGCAAGUGCAGCUGCCGGGCCAGGCGGACCUGAUGAAUGCACAACUGCCGCCGGAGAUACACGGGAAGCUGCCCACCUACGAGGAGGUGCAGAUGGAGAAGUCGCUAAACGGAGAGCUGCCGCCCGCCUUUUUGACUCUGCCCUCCUCACAGCAGCUUCCACCACCUCCGAAUCCGCUGCUGCCGCCAAAUCCGCUGCGCGAUGGCGACGCUGUGCGUUCCGCUCAGCAGGCAAUCACAUUCGUUGCCAUUGGUGCCAGCGAUCCGGAAAACAGCCUGUCCACCACGGACAACUUGCUCGGAACGGACAUUAUGUUUAUCACGGCCUUUAUUGUGGCGUUUCUGUUUAACUGGAUUGGCUUCUUGAUGCUUACCUGUUUUUGUCACACAAUUGCCGCCCGAUAUGGAGCACUGUCGGGAUUCGGACUAUCGCUGGCCAAAUGGACGCUGAUCGUGAAGCACUCAACGGACUUGGCUUCGCACGAAAACUCCUGGCUUUGGUGGCUGAUCUGCGCCUUUGGCUUCUUGAUCAGCAUACGCGCUUUAGUUCAGUAUGUGAGCAUCAAGAGAUCGUGGCGCCUGCUCUCCGCCUCCGCCCAGGAACGGCUGUUAUUCUUCUACUAGGUGCGCCAAGUGACUUUCCAGUGGCUGCCAUGUAAAUACGUUGUGGGUGGCUAGGAAGCUCGAAUCUUACUCGAUCGCAACAGUCUAUAUACCCCCAGAUCCAGCACAAAAAAUCAAUGCGAACUUAAUUUAAAGAGUUCUCGAAAUCUCUAAAAGUUUUAAAGAAUGCCAUUAAAUGAAAUGUAUUAGGCCCACGUUCCUUUUUUUUAUUUAAAUAGAAUCAAAGAGAAUGUACAAAUUAACAUUAUUUUAAAAGCAUAUUAUAUCGGGGGCAAAUCCCUUACCUUAAAUUCAGAUGCAAAACUGAUUAACUGAUUAAUUGAAAACUGUAAAAGACUUCUAGAAAAGUAAAAUUUUCUUGUAGAAACUACUUUUAUUGAAUCCUUCUAGACAUCUAAAGUAGUUGUGAACGGUGCAGCAGAUAGUGUGAAAUGGCUGCUCCACCGUUUACAAGUCUAUAAAGGAUUUGCUUCAAACUUCUAGAGAUUUCGGGAGCACACCAAGUUGCGGAUUAGUGUUUUCUCUAGUUUCUAUGUUAAAUAGCGCAACUUAGUCCACGAAACCAGAAACUGUAGGAUAAUAACGUUAACUAUGUGUGUUAAAUGGUGAGAGGCAGAUGCUUAUUCGCCUGCACCCCAAUCGAUUAUAUUUGUAAAUGUAUGUGAAAUGUGUAUGGAUAUAUAUAUAUAUAUAUAUAUAUAUAUAUAUAUAUAUAUAUCACCCCUGAUAGAUCCCCUCUACACCUCUACAAAAUCUCCCUAAGCCUUUUAGUGGCGCCCAUGCACUUAAAACAAAGACACAAAAACAAACCAAAAAAAAAAAAUGGAAAAGGAAAAUAAAAUUGAAGGUCGAAGAGGAAAAUAUGCCACUCAUAUUUUUUUGUUGAGCCUACUUUACGCUGUGGUACUUAAUUAAUUAACUACACAAGAUCCAGCAGUAAUGCGAAUGCUAAACACACAAAACCCACUAUUGCUAGUACAUAUGAUUAUUGCCUAUUAUAACGUUUAAAAUUAAUACGUUUAAUCCCUUUGUAUGUAAAUCAAACGAUGCAUAUGCAUUGCAAAAGGCGCAGAGUCGUAAGAACUGCGUCAGUUUUAUGCAAAUUCAAUAAAAUCGAAUGAUGAUUCAAAUAAA